AAUGAAACAAAUAAAAUAAAUGCUUGUUCUAAAGAAAAACCUUAACGAGGUUGUCACAAUUUAAUGUCAAACUCAUCAAAUUUGACAUUAGGCUUAGAGCCCUAGUAGUCGCAUUUAGAACAACCCCCUGGUGUGUUUCAGACGAUGCCGAAACACCGGCACGUCCCCACUCUGCAAACUCUGAGCCUUAGAGGCGUCGGCAGCUUAGUGGUGUCUCUCUCGUCUCCCAUCGUCACCAAACUCCAGUACUACCAUGACCCCCAAAAAAUCGUAUCAGUACUCUACAGUUGUCUUGACUGUCUCAACGAGCUCCUAGCUUCGAGCGUCCCUUACUACUUGUAUGAGACAAUGGCUCGCGAAGUCUUAAAUGCCGUCAAAGGCCUAAUCGAGAAAACGAAAAAGACCUACUACCCCCACACCAACAUGUCGGCCUUUCUCACUGAAAUGAACGUUGUCGUGAGUCUCACCGAAGUCGUCCUAAACCCUCUGUUGAAACAAAUCGAUUUUACCGAAUGGCCCAAAAUAAUGCGAUACGUCCUGUAUAAAAACCUGUCGAAAAUGACCGGUUUGGAGGUCCUUAACUUGGGGUCGUCUACCGGGGGUUGGCGGACGAGCGACUACGACAAGUACAUAGUGGACGGGAUUUCGGGGAUGAAGCAUCUGAGAUCUCUGUGUUUGUGUUUUGAUUGCACGGAUCAGGUUAUCCAAGUGGUGGGGGACAACUGUCCUUUCAUCCAGUGUCUGGACGUGACGUCGUCCAGGUCGGUGACCGAUCGGAGUAUACCCUCAUUACUCAAAUGCAAUCAUUUGAGAGAGUUGCAGUUGCAUCGGACGUCGGUCACGCCUCUCGGAUUGGCGCAAAUUCUCCGUGGAUUGGAUAAAUUGCAGGAUAUUGGGCGGUGCGAUGAUUUUGGGGGCGUAAUCAAAAUGUUGCAUCAGAGUGGGGCGUGUGGGCCUUUCGGUUUAAGAAAAAUACACGCAAGAGGGCUUUUCCCGGAAAUUUUGAGAUUAUUAGUAGAUUUGUUCCCCAAAGUCGAGUAUAUUAAUUUGUUCCACGAUGAGCAAGUGACCGAUCUGACAAUUCUGACGUCACUUGAUUGUUUGAAAGAAUUAAAGUUGUUAUCGUGUGCGUUUUAUGGAGAUUAUUUGAAACAGUUACUUGAAGUUAGGGGUAAUAAUAUUAUUAGUUUGCAUUUGGAGCAUGCCGAGGAGGUUGAUUUAAAUGUUUUGAUUGAUAUUAGUCAAUUCUGUCCAAGACUUAAAAGUCUGGUUUUAUACAACUGUGAUUUUAUGGAUAGUUCGGAGAUUAAUAUGAGUAGGCUUAAGGUACAACCCUUUCAAAAUUUAGAAAAGUUGUUUUGGAUGGUGGAUUGUGCGCGAACUCACUUAGAAUUUAUCCUACUACACGCUGUAAAUAUCAGGAAUAUACAUUUAGGGUCAUCAACGGGCAUCACGCAUUCGUCUAUUGUUAACAUUUUAACAGUUAAUCCAAUGAAACAUUUAGAAGAAAUGCGGAUUUUGUAUAGUAGUGAUAUGAGUAUGAAAACAGUUGAAUUACUACUGGCAAAUUGUACCAACCUUCGGGUGCUUUCUGAAUUAGAAAGUUGGCAAGGCAUCAGUAUGGAGGAAUUAAAAAACUUCAAACAACACAUUUAUUCAAAUAAUUUUGAUUUAGACAUACGACCCACUCUCUCAUAUUACUAACCCUCACGCUCUUAUGCACAAAUCCUAAGUGUUGUGAUCAGAAUUAACCGUAUUUAUACUCGUACUAUAUAAAUAAUAUAUUUUAUUUAAUAUGUGGA